AUGUGCAACGCCUUCGGGGAUGAUCCUCUGCUUCGUAAGAUAUACGUUGCGCUCCCUUUGGUCCUGUCUGGCGCUUCGUUGUCUAUCAUCAUAGUGCUGUACGUGAAGAUCUACCGAGUGAUUCGUCACCACCAGGCUCUUCGAGAGAGGAUGACAAAAGGCCUAGGAGCCAGCGAUGCUGAAGGGCGCAUCUCCUCGAUAUCAGCUACCGUCUCGAAGACCUCCAACAUUUCUACCCCUACUGACGGCCAGCCCUCAGUUCAGCUAUCAAGUGCACCACCCCCUGUUGACGAUGUCAGUAGUAAUGCUGAUAAAAAAGCAAAUGGAGCCUCUGGGUUAGAUGACGUCAACGUUUCAAUCGACCUGAAGAAGCCUCGAUGCAUUGGUACUGAAGAGCCGUACAAGAAGCGUACAACGCGAAAGAAGCAACGGGCGGACCACAAGACAACCAAAAUGCUCGUCAUCAUGACUUUUAUCUUUUUCGUCUUGGUGUACCCUGCGUUGGCUAUUCAGAUCAUGACAACCGAUCAGAAGUCGCGCCUGGCUCAGACCCUCCCUAAAGGCGUUGCCAUCCUUACUGUUCUUUACAACCUGCGCUUCAUCAACCAAUUCAUCAAUGUUUUUAUCUAUCUCAUUGCUAAUAAGAAGUUUCGAAGAGAAUGCGUUCAAUUUUUUAAGUCCUAG